AUGCGUCUACAUACACUCAAAGAGCUUGAUCAAACAGAGGGCACCGUCCAACUGCGACAGCCUGCCAGCGGGGGUGCAACUGCGUCCGAGCUAGUUCUCGUUCCUCACCCCUCGGACACAGAUCCCAACGAUCCACUGCGAUGGCCACCUUGGAAGAAGCAUGUUGCGUUUACGAGCGUGUGCGCGUUUACGUUCCUGACGAACUAUGCCAUCGGCGGACUGGCCCCGGCCUUCUACCUGCUUUCGCUCGAGUUCAAUAAGACGAUGACCGAGACUAGCGAGCUGCUUCUGUGGCCGAUCCUGGUGCUGGGAGUCUUUAACUUCUUCUGGGUGCCAAUGGCCAAUUACUUCGGGAAGCGCCCGGUCUUCGUUUUCGCUUCACUUUUGCUAUGUGUUUGCUAUGUCUGGGGUGCUGCAGCGACGAGCUUCAACAGCCUCUUGUGGUCCAACAUCGUUGCCGCGUUUGCCGGUUCAUCGACAGAAGCAUUGGGAGCUGCAAUCGUCAAUGACCUGUACUUCCUGCACGAGCGUGGCGCGAAAAUGGGAAUCUACAUGAACGCAAUCUCGGGUGGUAACACCAUCGGCCCGCUGAUAUGCGGAUUCGUUGUGCAGAGUCUUGGCUGGAGAUGGCACAAAUGGAUAGCGGUAAUCUUUACAGCCAUAAACUUCGUGGCGGUUGCUCUCUUCGUCCCAGAGACUCGGUAUGACAGGACAGUUUCGAGCAAUCUGGCCCCGACUAUGUCCGAUUCCGCAGUAUCGUCUUCAGACGAGGAGACUUCAAUGGAGAAGACGGUCACGCCCAACUCGAAGGAAGUGUCCGAAUCACCUGAACGUCGUGCUACGAGAAUGCAGGUGCCGAAAAAGACUUUUGUUCAAGAGCUCAGCCUCUCGUCUGGUACCCCUGCGGAUACGAAUCUGUUCAAGAUGUUCGUCCGCCCUUUCCCGCUUCUCGCAUAUCCGGCGAUCACUUAUGCGUUCCUUGGCUAUUCCGUGGCGCUUGCUUGGGUCGUAGCCGUCAACAUUCUGAACUCUUUCAUCCUGCAAGCGCCGCCGUACAACUGGCAGCCGCAGAUCAAUGGCUUGAUUAACAUUCCGGGCCUUCUCGGUAACAUAUUCGGUGCCUGGGCGGGUGGUUCGUUGGUGGACCGUUACUGUGCGUGGAGGGCUGUGAAAAACAACGGCAUCUUCCAGCCAGAGACUCGGCUUGUUCUGCUGAUGGUGCCAACGCUCCUUGUUCCCGCUGGGUGUCUCCUCUUCGGCUAUGGUGUUGAAAACACCAUGUCCUGGGUAGCAUUGUUCUUCGGAUACGGAUUGGUGUCUGUCGGUCUUACUGCAGUACCCACAAUCACAAUGGCAUACGCCAGCGAUCUCUAUCUUCCGAUCAAUGGAGACGCGUUGUUACUAAUUAAUGGCCUGAAGAACAUAGUGGCUUUCGGUUUUCUGUACGGAGUUGUGCCUUGGGUCACAAAAGUCGGGUAUAUCGAUUCUUUCGGAACACAGGCCGGCCUCUUCGUGGCUAUCAUCGGACUUGGCCUUCCAUUGUAUUUGUUCGGCGGGAGAAUUCGGCAUAGAACCGCGCAAUGGCGUAUCAUCUUGUAA